AUGCGUCGUGGCAGAAGUGAUGGCUCGGUGAUGUACGCCUCGUCAUCCAGCGACGACGACAGUGGCAGGGCCGACGCGAACCGCAACACUGUUCUUCGCGGAAGCGAUUCCCAUGCCGUGCUGCAAUCGUUGUCUUUGGGGAACGAUCAGCCAGCUGGGGCGGCUUCCCACUUCACAAACAGGCCGCAGGGGUCCGUGGUAUCGGAGGCCCAGGAAAACACACCCUCCACCUCGGCAAGUAAGGCGUCGGUAGCAGUGCAGCUCCAAGAACUCUCAGGGUACACUGAUUGGAGUCCUGGAACGCAGGUUCUUUUCCUGCCGAAUUCAGCAGGGUAUUCUAAGACUGCCUCUGCCACGGAGUGGGAGUUGGGAAGAAUUGUUGAGCUUCUGCCAAUGACCACCGCCAGUGGGGGGACUGGAUACAACAGGGUGGACACCGGCGAUCGUGUUGUUGUUGUGGAGAGGGUUGGCCGCGGAAGAGUUUUGGAUGGGAGUCGUAUCCAGACUACACUUGCGUGCGUGCGACGUUACAGUUAUGAAGGAUCGCCGUUGGACGUUGAUGAUUUGUGUACAUUACCUGAGCUGAGCGAUGCGGCUUUGUUGUAUUCUUUGCAAGAACGAUAUUUAGCCGGACUGUACUACACCUUUACGGAUCGAGUCUUGCUGGCAGUGAAUCCGUGCCGGUCUACGGUGUAUCCUCCACAGGCCCCGCACCCAAAACACAUCGUGGGAGCAAUGAUGGAGGCUCUAUGUCGGCCGAAAAGCCACCUUAAGACUAGAGAAGAUGAUGGUUAUGAGACCGCCCGGGAAUCCGAAGUGGAUGCCACCUUAAAACCAUGCCCGGUGGCUCUUGUUGUAACCGGUGAUAGUGGGGCAGGGAAGACGGAAACUGCAAAGCUUGUUCUUCACCAUCUGCUUGCUCAACCACCCACUGGCGCGGAAGAAAUUGUAUCGCCUCAUGAAGCUUCUGUGUCUAGAGACCUGCUGCACGUUCUUGACGCAACAAGUUGUCUGCUUGAGUCAUUUGGUAACGCCUUGACGCCGCUUAAUGACAACUCCUCUCGAUUUAUGAAAUGUGUCACUAUGUUUUUUAAUCCAUGUACCGGGGAGGGCGUUGGUGCCAAAGUUGAAUGCUUUCUCUUGGAGGUGUCGCGUUUGGUAGCUCGCUUACCAGGCGACUCUACGUUUCACAUUUUUAACAUGCUCUUUGACGCAAGGCACGGACUAACCCCCGAGGAGCGGGAUCGCCUUGAUACAUGGGACCCAACGCUCUUCCGUGCGAUGCAGUCUGAUGUGCAUGAGCCUUCGCUAGGCUUCCCCCCGUAUACGCUCUCGCAGUUUCGUGUGGCCUUGCGGGUGAUUGGGUUUAGUGACAAUAAGGUGGAAAUGGUUUUGCAAGUCUUGUGUGGUAUUCUUCACCUACUGAAUAUUGAGUUUACGGCACGUGAUUUGUUUACACCAGCCUCUGUCGCUCCUGCCUCGAUGCCAGCAUUGGAGACGGCCUCACAUUUGCUGGGAUUUUCUUUGACAGAGGCACACCACUCUCUGGAGACGCUAUUUACGACGGUGCGGCUGGGAAACGAGAUCCGGAAGCUGCACUGUAGGGCGGCCGAGGUGGCGCGGGACUCCACCGCCAAACAUCUUUACGAGUCCCUUUUUCAGUACAUUUUGCGCGGCAUUAAUGAGGCUCUUCAUCCAUUGACAGCGGAGGUGGAGGCGGGGUGUGCAGAGCUCACCAUCCUGGACAUCUUUGGGUUUGAAUUCAGGGAUGAAAAGUGUGGCAGCAACGAUCUAGAACAGUUGUUGAUCAACUACGCGAAUGAGGCAGUGCAACGUUUGUAUGAGGAGACGACGUUUAACAUUUUGCUCACCGAGGCAAGGCGCGAAGGAGUUUCUAUUGAGUUGCCACCCGAGUUGCAGCUGGAUCGUGGUUCCACCUUUGAACUUCUUGUGCAAUGUCCUCAUGGAGUGUUGGACAUCAUCAACGAUGAUAGUCUUCUUGCCCAGCGUUCCCAGCAGGAAGGUGGGACCAAUUUGGCUGCAUUAUUGGUUUCACUCCAAAAGCGUUUUCCGGGCUUAUUAAGACCGCAUGGAUCAGGUCCUGCGAAGGUGUCGCUCCAACACUUUUGUGCGACUGUGGUAUACGACACAAGUAACAUGUCUGCAAAGAACCGUAUCUCUACAGUAGCGGAAUUCAUAUGCGCUGCAACCUGUAAUGAGUUUCUCCAGGAGAUCUGUGGUGUCGCUUUGGCGAGCCCCGCAGGGCAGAGACGGUUCUUUCAAAAUGAUGACGUUGAAAGGAGACUUGCUCCUGGGUCGUACGCUACCACUCUUAUUGGGCGGUUUCGUUCACAGAUGGAAUUACUUAUGACAAGGCUGAAGACCUCCAAACUAUUUUGGAUUAGAUGCAUUAAACCAAAUAGGCAUAAAAGUCAGCAAGAGUUUGACGGGGCACUAGUUCUUUCACAGUUAAAAUGUGGAGCAAUGUUGCGUUCACUCAUGUUGUUUGGAAAGGGGUUCUGCCACAGUCUCAGCUACAAGUCCUUUACACAAAAGUAUCUUUCUCUAGCAGUACGAGGUUACUGCUGUGACGCGUUUCAGCAGAUUGGCUCCGGGAAGAUUCUUGACGCCACUGGCUUACGAGGAACCAAAGAAAAAACUGCGUCGUCCCUCUUGCCAAGUAAGCAAACUCGAUUACGUAAUGGUGUGGCGUUUGAUGCUGCCGUCUAUGAUGCACGCUUUCAAGAGGCAUGUGUUUUGGCAACGGGGUUUCUCUCUUGCUGUAUGGACGGUGCAUUGUUGCUUGGAAGCAGUAAGGUAUUUCUACGCUCGAGCACUCUCCGGGCGUUGCUGGCCUUGGGCAGCUUGGCAAAAAGGGAGGCGGUGCAACGGAUAGGACGCGUGGGACGUGGCUUUCUGGAGCGUCGCUCGUUGGUGGUUGCGUGGCGUUCCUACCAGAAGCAGAGGCGUGUGGCUGUCAUUCGAGAACGCAUGGCGGCCGAAUUGCCACGGCGUAAAACCCUGGAGAGAGAACGCGAGGACUUGCUGUUGCAUUCUUCCGAGGGGCGUGCGGAACAUUUGGCUUUCUUGUCGCGUCAGGCGAUGCAGUCCUCGAAGCGUGUUGAGCGGCACUGGAAGGAGGCGAUGCAUUUACUGACCUCGGAGCUAACACAAGCGAUUGGGGAAAUGACGAUGUUUGACAAGACACGACUUCAGAAGGAAGAGGAGAUCCAGCAGGAGAUGAUGAUGCGGGAAUCUUACAGGAGACGCAUACAGGAGUCCAUGAAUCGAGGGAAGCUGGGUCGCAAGACGGCACAUCGCUGUCUACUUGAAAAGCAACGUCAAGCGACAAGCGAGAAUGCAGCGGCUCGUCGCAGCCAUGCGGUUAUUGAUGCUGAGCGUGAAAAGGUGAUACGAGAGGAGAUCAUUAGGGCCCGUCAGAUGCAGCUGCGGGUAGAGCAGGAGGUAUUAGUGGAGCAGCAGGCGCGAGCGCUUUGGUGCAGGGAACGCCGGGAAACAAGAAACAUACGGCGUCAUUUGGACAAGCAACAACAACGUAUAGCCGAUCGGGCCCGGUUGAAGGAGGAGGUUCAACAGCGGUGUCAUGUGGCCUCGCGACUGUGUUUGCGGUCGCGGUCGUUUCAUUCCUCGGAGGUCCCAAGUUUGGCUUCUUGUGGCAGGGAGAGGGACGUGACGGAGGAGGCGUUGGAAGACUACGCAGCGCUCGGGCUGGUGAAGACCCCUGUAUCCAGAGAGAGUCCCGCAGUAUCGCAUGCUUCGCGCUCACUUCCCAUUCAACGCGAGGCGGGCUCAAGCACCCCGGGGGAAGACCGUAACCCAGAAGUGGAAUGGAUCGUGCAAAAGGAUAUGAUGACAUUCUGGGAGUCUCUGUACGAAGGAUUGAACAGCUGA